AUGUCUUCAGCACAACAACGUUUGAGCUCGGUCGCCAACCAGCUCGCAGCACCUGGUGCCGCCCGCCAAAAGAUCCUGGCGAAGAACCCAGAUGAUGUGGUCAUCACUUACCUCGCCCGCACACCACUCACUAAGGCUCGCAAAGGUGGCCUGAAGGAUACCACCGUGGAUGACCUCCUCGUGUCACUCCUCACGACUGUUCGCGAGAAGUCCAAGCUUGACCCCAAUCUCGUGGAGGAUGUCUGUGUCGGCAACGUCCUCUGCCCUGGCUCUGCAUAUGUCGCCCGCUCCGCCGUGCUAGCAGCAGGAUACCCUGUCACAGCCUCUGCCUCAAUUGCUAAUCGAUUCUGUUCAUCCGGUCUCCUGGCCGUGCAGAACAUUGCCAACCAAAUUAUUGUCGGAUCAAUCGACAUCGGAGUGGCCGUCGGAGCCGAGAGCAUGAGUAAUAACGCUGAUGGCGGCGCCCCCGAAAUGUCCGAGCGCAUCAAGCAGCACCCCAUUGCAUCCCAGAACUCCCAGCCCAUGGGCCAGACCUCAGAGAACGUGGCCAAUCAGUUCAACAUCACCCGUGAGCAGCACGACAAGUUCGCAGCUAAAAGUUAUCAGAAGGCCGAGCGCGCCCAGAAGGCUGGCUGGCUGGAUGACGAGAUUGUGCCCGUCAAGACUCAGAUUAAAGACCCCAAGACUGGCGAGGUCAAGGAUAUUAUCGUUGAUCGCGACGACGGUAUCCGCUACGGUACCACCGCCGAGUCUCUCGGUAAGGUCCGCGCUGCAUUCCCUCAGUGGGCUCCUAGUGCCACCACCGGCGGUAACGCCAGUCAGAUCACUGACGGUGCCGCUGCGUUGGUUCUGAUGAAGCGCUCGCGUGCUCAGGAGCUCGGCCAACCGAUUGUUGCCAAGUUCUGCGGAGCUACUGUUGCUGGUCUGGAGCCCAGAAUCAUGGGUAUCGGCCCAUCCCUUGCUAUCCCUAAGAUUCUGGGCAAGUUCAACUUGAGCAAGGACGACAUUGAUAUUUUCGAGAUCAACGAGGCCUUUUCUUCAAUGGGUGUUUACUGUGUCAACAAGCUGGCCUUGGAUGAAUCUAAAGUGAACCCACGUGGCGGUGCUAUUGCUUUCGGUCACCCUCUGGGCGCCACCGGCGCACGCCAGGUCGUCACUGCUCUAUCCGAGCUACGUAGACAGGAUAAGCGCGUGGCUGUGACCUCCAUGUGUGUGGGCACUGGCAUGGGUAUGGCCGGUAUCUUCGUUUCCGAGCACUGA